AUGCCAGCACUUGAAGUCCCAAAAAUCACAAAAAUACAAUUCGGAGACUAUUUUAUCGAUACGUGGUAUGUUGCACCUUAUCCAGAAGAGUACAGUAGCCAUCCGUUGCUCUAUAUAUGUGAAUUUUGUAUGAAGUACAUGAAGAGUAGCUAUGUCGCUGGACGACACAAAAUGAAGUGCCCCAUAAAACACCCUCCAGGAGAUGAGAUCUAUCGAGAUGGAAAGAUAUCAAUAUUCGAGGUUGACGGACGUAAAAACAAGAUCUAUUGUCAAAACCUGUGCCUUUUGGCAAAAAUGUUUCUUGAUCACAAAACACUCUACUAUGAUGUCGAACCAUUCCUGUUUUACAUCAUGACCGAGGUUGACCAAGCAGGAUGCCAUUUUGUAGGAUACUUUUCAAAGGAAAAACAUUCGGCAAUGGACUACAAUGUAUCUUGUAUCUUGACCAUGCCUGUUCAUCAACGAAAGGGCUAUGGGCAAUAUUUGAUUGAUUUCAGUUACCUUUUAACAAAGAAAGAACACAGAAUUGGAUCACCCGAACGACCGCUGUCGGACCUUGGUUUGUUGAGUUACCGUAGUUACUGGAAAACGGCAUUAUAUUAUGAGCUUCGAGACCAAAAGGAGCCAAUAAGUAUACAAGGCAAGUGA